AUGGCAUUAUCUGACAUGGUUAGAGAGAAUAGUGCUUGUAUUAUGUGCUUGGGAUCAUUUGGUAUUAUCGAUGAGACAAUACCUCGUCAGUGUACUAAUGAAAAAUGUCGUCAAAAAUUUUGUUCGAAAUGCGUGAGCCAUAUUCGAAUUUACAAUGGCAAUAAUCGACCUUUUCAAUGUAUGUACUGUUUAAAAGAAUAUCCAAUUGAUUGUUAUCCAGAAGAAAUUAACAUAUUAAAACAACAAAUAUGGAACGAUAAACUCAUUAAAUAUGGUAUUGAACGUACAAAACAUUUGCUCACAACAAAUUGUGAUCUAAAAGAAUUACAUUUUGAUAUUGAUUGUCGACGACGACAAUUGUUGAGUUUAUUUUCAACACAUAAACGUAUUUGUAAGGAGACACAUGCAAAUCAGACAGACGUAGAAAUCGAAAAUAUGAUUAAUCAACUUUCAAAUAUCAUUCUGCAUUUAAAGUCUCAUGCUAGCAACAGUUUAGAACUGUAUAAAAUGCUUUAUGGACAAGCUAUAUCUAUGCCCGAUUCUGAUGAUAUUGGUUCUCUUUACAUUCGUCUUUGUGAACAAUUAUCCGUCGAUAUUACCAACGAUGAAUUUUCUAAUAUUUUUCCAAAUACACAUGAAAAAAUGAACGAUUGGAUGUAUGAACAUGCUGUCGGUGAAGAAUUUCAACCGAAACUUUUUCAUGUUAUCAAUGCAAUCGAACAAGACUUAGUCUCUCAAUGGUCAAAUCCAUGUGUUACACCUUCAACUACUAUUGGAGUCAUUGGCUAUACAAAUGUUGGUAAAAGUUCUUUACUCAAUCGUCUUCUUGGUAUGAAAUCUCUAAAUGAUGAUCAAGCAGCUCCAAUAGGUAAUAUGAAAACGACUUACUUUGCAUUACCAUUCAACCGUAAAGAACCAUUGAUAUAUCAUUCAAUAAAUGGAACCAUAGAAAUACCAGUUACACUAGUCGAUAUUCAAGGACAUGAUAAAAACAGAACAGCAAAUAACAAUAUGAUUGAAGUCGGCAAUUAUCAUAAUGAAAUUAAAAAGGCCAAUUGCGAUAUUUAUAUCUUAGUCACUGAUGAUGAUCCUCAUGAUGAACAAAAAGAUUGGAUGACUUUUAUUCAAGACACAUUAAAACGAAAAUGUAUCUUGGUUAGAUCCAAAGUAGAUAUUCUUUAUUUAAAUAAAAUGCGGGAAUUGUCCGGCAAUUUCUACAGCAAGAGUACUCCAGAAGAACGUCUUCAAUAUCAUACAGCGAUCAUGGAUCAAAUACGAAGUCAGAACACGAUUCCAGAAAACAAAACUUAUUUAAUAUCAGCUGAUUAUCAACCGAGUAGCAUUGAUGCUGAUCUUCUAUUAACCGAACACUCGUUCGAUUUUGACUUAUUACUGAAUGAUUUGAGCGUCUUAGCUUUCAAUGCUCGAACUUCUCGAAUCGAUCUACUGGCUAAGCAAGCAGUCAACAGAGUGAUAAAUACAUGUUUUUGUCGAGGAUAUAUCCUAAACAUAAUGAAGUAUAAAAUUGCCGCUGGAUUUGCAGCGAUUAUACCUUUCGGUGAUCAAUUACCUCGAUAUUUAUCAAGAGAUAAAAUUAGAGAAGCAUUCGGUAUAAAUGAGGAUUUUGGUCAAUAUCUCAUUCAAUUUAAUCUUACUAUUGACGAUGGUCUCUUACAAACAUCAGUCUUUCGAAAAUAUGUCAAAACACACGAAACAAAAAAAGAAUUAAAGCUUGAUGCAAAAGCAAUUGGAACAGCUGCUGGAUAUACAACGGCAGUUGUCGGCACAUUUGGUGAUGAUAUCGUUCGCAUAGCUGCCCCCACUGCAACAGCAUUUUCUACUGCUGGACGUAUCGCAUUAACUGCAGCAACAAUUGGUAUAGGUGUACUUAUUUCUGCAGGAGUGUGCGCAUGGUCAGCGAUUAGCAGUGGAAAACAUAUAUUUAGUUAUGUUAAUCGUGUUUCUCACGAUUGCAUUCUAAUACUGGAUAAAAUAAACAAGGUGAUUAUCGAACGUGAAAGAAAUAAAGCAACAUGCAAUAUAUAUCAAAGAACUCCGAAGAGUGAUUCAUAUUUUGACAUGCAUGAUGAUAAACCGUGUACACAUACUUAA